CAGCCAAUCAUGAGCAGCCACGGUCAAGCUUCCUAGGAAAGCUGGCAGCAGUGCACAGCCAACAAAGUGAUUUUCUUCUCUAAUGGAACUGACGGCGGCUUUACCAUUUACAGCGUAAUAUCUUCUCUGCCAGCAGCCGCACCUGAUGUUGCAGGGUCCCUCCCCGCCCUUGAGCGCCAAGAUGAGGACAGCAGUGAUGACGGGUGCCAGCCUGGCACUUACAGCUGCGGUGGUGGCUCACGCUUAUUACCUCAAGCACCAGUUCUACCCAACAGUUGUUUAUCUGACCAAGUCCAGUCCCAGUAUGGCUGUGCUUUAUAUACAAGCGUUUGUCCUAGUCUUCCUCCUAGGAAAGUUCAUGGGCAAGGUAUUUUUUGGUCAGUUGAGAGCAGCUGAGAUGGAGCACCUCCUGGAGCGCUCGUGGUAUGCAGUCACAGAGACCUGUCUGGCUUUCACUGUCUUCAGGGAUGACUUCAGCCCACGUUUUGUGGCCCUCUUCACACUCCUACUGUUUUUAAAGUGUUUCCAUUGGUUGGCUGAGGACCGUGUUGAUUUUAUGGAGCGCAGUCCGAACAUUUCCUGGUUAUUUCAUUUCCGUAUUCUUGCACUGAUGCUCCUGCUGGGUGUGCUGGAUGUUCUCUUUGUGUCUCACGCUUACCACAGUUUGGUCACCAGAGGGGCCUCCGUGCAGCUGGUAUUUGGAUUUGAGUAUGCAAUACUAAUGACGAUGAUCCUCACAGUCUUCAUAAAGUAUGUCCUGCACUCUGUGGACCUUCAGAGUGAGAAUCCAUGGGACAAUAAAGCUGUAUACAUGUUAUACACUGAACUACUGACAGGCUUUAUAAAGGUUUUGCUGUACAUGGCCUUCAUGACAAUCAUGGUUAAAGUCCACACAUUCCCACUAUUUGCAAUUCGGCCAAUGUAUCUGGCAAUGAGGCAGUUUAAGAAGGCUGUCACUGAUGCCAUCAUGUCAAGAAGAGCAAUCCGCAAUAUGAACACAUUGUAUCCAGAUGCUACACCAGAGGAGCUGCAGGCAAUGGACAAUGUGUGCAUCAUCUGCAGGGAGGAGAUGGUGACAGGAGCUAAGAGACUUCCCUGCAACCACAUCUUCCACACCAGCUGUCUGCGUUCUUGGUUCCAAAGACAGCAGACUUGUCCCACAUGUAGAAUGGAUGUCCUCAGAGCUUCUCUGCCUACUCAAACUCAGCCACCUGCAGAUCAGCCUGACCCUGCCCAGCAGCCCCACGCAGCACCUGCACAACAGACUCCAGUUCUCCCACCACCACCUAACUUCCCUCCAGGGAUGCUCCCACCAUUCCCUCCUGGAAUGUUUCCACUUUGGCCUCCAGUGGGUCCUUUUCCACCAGCUCCUGGAGCCAGUGCCCCCGAAGAAGCCAGUGCUGGACCCUCCACUGCAUCUGCUCCUAGGCCUUCUGAUGCAUCUAACACUGGUGGUCCUGAUUCAUCAGCUGGGACAUCUCUGCCAGGUUUUCCCUUCCCACCUCCAUUUUUGGGAAUGCCACUGUUUCCUCCAUUUGGUUUGCCUCCUAUGCCGAUGCCUCCUGCUGGCUUUGCGGGUAUGACAGAAGAGGAGUUGAGGGCAAUGGAAGGUCAUGAGAGGCAGAAUCUGGAAUCCAGGCUUCAGUGUCUUCAGAACAUUCAUACUCUUCUAGAUGCUGCCAUGUUACAGAUAAACCAAUAUCUUACGGUGUUGGCAACCAUCGGGCCCCCUCGUCCUCCCGUGCCCUCUACACCGUCUCCAUUAGUCACCACAGAUGCGGUUGUAUCAUCCAGUCAGCCUGAAGAAACUCCCACUUCGGAUACACCCUCAGCUGACCCCGAUCCCUCCCAGUCAGUUCCAGAGGAAUCCACCAGUGAAGAGAUGAUCAAUGACUCUGAAGCUGGCACUUCAACAGAAGAACCAGAUGCUGUAGAGCUACGAAGGCGAAGACUUCAGAAACUGGAAACCGGCACCUCCGAAUCUCAAUGAGGCUUUGCUUCUGACCUCAUGGGCACAAAUGAACUGUGUACGGGACAGAAGAGGAGCUUCUUUUGGACUAUGAAUAAGAGCCUGAUGUGACUAAAGCUGGACUUCUAUAAAUAUAUAUUUUUUAAGGACAUAAUCCAGGCUCUUCAUGAAAAUGCUUAUUAAAUGGGGAAAACUUGUGACCUCAUUAAAUGUGUUGGACUUGUUUCAGUAAAAUUAAAUAUUGGAUUGGUCUAUUUUACUUUAGAACCUUUAAUUUAAUUGUAAAUGCAUUAUUUUAGCGAUUAAAGGGAGUCUGUUACCAUGAAAUUCACUGAUAAACCAGGUACAAUGCCUUGUAGGACUAGCUAAGAUGAAUGUAGUAAUAUGCACCAAAGGCGGGCAUGUAGACAGCACGUCCCACUUUUGGUCCAGUGGGGACAGGAGCCACAGUGCUGGAACCAGAACGCUCUGACGAGGUGUUUUUGUUUUUUCUUAUUUUUACAGCAUGUUAAACUUCUUGGCAAUUUUUUGCCAGUCGUGGACAAUGCCGUUAAGGAUCACAUUACUGGUUCUAUGAAAUAGUAACAUGGUAUUUAAGGCCGAAAAAAAUACAUUUGUCCCUCCAGUUCGGACUGUUAUCCUGCAAGUUGUGCACAAAAAUAAUGUGAGGAAGAUGUAUCAAAACUGGUUUACAGUAAAACUGCCUUUGUUGCCCUUCUGUCAGUCACAGCGAAACUUUCAUUUCUACAGCUGCUUUGGUAAAAUGAAAGCAGUUGCUAUGGGCAACAAUUUUAAUUGUAGACCAUUAUGAUAAGUCUUCCCUUUGUGAUUAUUUUUUGUUUUCCCUUCCUGUAAUUUUUCAUAGAGAUUAAUCAUUAAUGGAUGAGGCGACAAUGAAAUAAACUGCUCAAACAC